AUGAGCUCAUCCACCGCUUCCGUGUCGGCUGCGACGCCGACGCAACAUCCUUUCCAACGUAGAAUUGAUGGCAUCAAGCCGUCAAAGACAGACAUUAAUUUUGUCAUUAUGGACUACCUGGUCAGCGAAGGUUACCCUAGAGCCGCUGAGAAGUUCGCAAAGGAAGCGAACAUCCGGCUACCUCUUGAAGAGGAGUCCAUUCAGUCACGCGUAGAAAUACGUCAGGCGAUUCAUGCAGGCGACAUUGAUACCGCCAUCACCAAGAUUAAUGAUUUAAACCCCCAGAUUCUCGACACCGAUCCCGCUCUUCACUUUGCAUUGCUCCGUCUUCAACUCAUUGAGCUGAUUCGGACAUGCACUGCAACCGCAACAUCGGAUAUCACCCCUGCUCUCAGCUUCGCGUCAUCGCAACUCGCUCCCCGCGCAGCUACCAACAAGGAAUUCUUGAAAGACUUAGAGCUCACUAUGUCCCUGCUUAUCUUUUUGCCUGCACCUGCUAGUUCCCUUCAAAAGGAACUGACGGAGUUGCUGGAACCGUCUCUACGUCGCAAGGUGGCGAGCCAGGUCAAUGAAGCCAUUUUGACUAGCCUUGGUGCCCAUGGUGAGGCGAGGAUGCGCAGCCUAGUGCGCCUGCGACACUGGGCGGAAACCAAGGCUAGAGCUGCAGGCAAGGACAUUCCUCCGGUUCUGUCACUUGGCUUGCAGGAGGCAGAUGAGAAGCCGAUGGGGAGCAAUGGUAGCAAUGGGGACUCUGCGGAUGUCAUGGUGCAGUAG